AUGUUGCUCCGUCGUGCAACAACACUACCCAAAACCCUACAAAACCUCCGGUUAUUCUCUCCGGCGGCGACCGCCACUUUAUCUCUCGAUCCGACCGAAUUAACCCAAUUAACUUACCUCCCUGGGUUUCCGCAACCCGAUCCAAAGCACGCAGAGACGAUUCUGGCCGUUCCACGGUCUGAUUCCGGCAAGAACAUCUCGGUGAAAGAGCGUAAAGCGGGUCGAGUUCCUUCGAUUAUAUUCGAACUGGAAGAUGGACAACACGGAGGAAACAAGAGGCUUAUCUCAGUUCAGACGAAUCAGAUCAGGAAGCUUGUGAAUCAUUUGGGAUACUCUUUCUUCCUCUCUAGGCUCUUCGAUGUCGAGGUUCGAGCUGAGUUAGGUUCCGAUGAAGUUAUUGAGAAAGUCCGGGCUUUACCCAGAUCGGUUCAUUUGCACUCAGGGACCGAUGCUCCACUAAAUGUGACAUUCAUUAGAGCGCCUCCGGGUACUUUGUUGAAGGUCGAUAUCCCUCUUGUGUUCAUAGGAGAUGAUGUUUCUCCUGGAUUGAAGAAAGGAGCAUCUCUGAAUACAAUCAAAAGAACGGUAAAGUUCCUAUGCCCAGCAGAGAUUAUCCCACCAUAUAUAGAAGUAGAUCUCAGCCAAUUGGACGUUGGGCAAAAGCUAGUAAUGGGAGACCUCAAGGUUCAUCCGGCGUUAAAGCUUAUAAAGCCCAAAGACGAACCCGUUGUCAAGAUCGCUGGAGGACGUGUCACUGACCAGCAAAAGAAAUAA